UCCGCGUCAGCGGCGCCCGCGGUGACGGCGACGUGCGGCCCGCGCCACUGCUGCCCGCGGACGCCGAGGACCCCCGGAGCUCAUGGCCCAGGCGAAGAUCAGCGCCAAGGCCCACGAGGGCCGCUUCUGCCGCUCGUCGUCCAUGGCCGACCGCUCCAGCCGGCUGCUGGAGUGCCUGGACCAGCUGGAGCUCAGGGUUGAAGCUCUGAGAGACGCAGCUACUGCUGUCGAACAAGAGAAAGAAAUCCUUCUGGAGAUGAUCCACAGUAUCCAGAACAGCCAGGACAUGAGGCAGAUCAGCGACGGAGAAAGAGAGGAACUAAACCUGACUGCAAACCGUCUGAUGGGCCGGACCCUCACUGUUGAGGUCUCCGUGGAAACAAUCCGAAACCCCCAGCAGGAGGAAUCCUUGAAGCAUGCCACAAAGAUCAUAGACGAGGUGGUCAGUAAGUUCCUGGAUGACCUGGGGAACGCCAAGAGCCACCUAAUGUCACUUUACAGUGCAUGCUCAUCCGAGGUGCCGCCGGGGCCGGUGGAUCAGAAAUUCCAGUCAAUAGUCAUCGGCUGCGCUCUGGAGGAUCAGAAGAAAAUCAAGAGGCGAUUGGAGACUCUCCUGAGGAACAUCGACAACUCUGACAAGGCCAUUAAAUUAUUAGAGCACACUAAAGGCGCUGGUUCCAAAGGCCUGCAAAACGCUGACAUCAAACUUAAUUAGCCUUCAGAUCCAUGGGCCCUUACAAAAGAUGUAAAAAAGAAAACAACUAUUUUAAAUAGCUAGGUCUCUGUGUUAGGCAUAACCACUUAAUUGAUACUGAUAAUUAUUUUGGAUGGUAAAGUAUUCAAGUGUCGGCAGACACACGGAUAACACUUAAAACUAGGAGUAUUUCUGUUAUCUAUUGAAAUUUUGGACAGUGUACCAUCUUGAACUGGACUCUAGCACUGUAUAUUUAACUUCUGAAGAUGCACACAUAGUGUGUGGGGGAAAUAAAAAAAGGGAGGCGGGGGCAAAAGUACCACUGCCCUUUCAUGGACUUCAGCACAGAGCACCCAGCCCUGGAGCAGUGUACUAACACCAGUGUGAACAGAGCACCCAGCCCCUGGAGCAGUGUACUCACACCAUAGUGUGAACAGAGCACCCAGCCCCUGGGGUGGUGUAUUCACACCACAGUGUGAACAGAGCACCCAAUCCUUGAGCAGUGUAUUCACACCACACAGUGUGCCUAGAAAGAUUAAAGGAAACCCAUCAGAACUUCA